AUGCAGCACUUCCUUCUCCUCGCGGCUCUCGCCAGCCCGUUGGCCCGAGCCGCAUCGACGCUGUUCUUUGGCGCCACCAUCAUCGCCUUCAACAGCACCGACGAGUCGCUGCGCGUCAUCCGCAACGGCUCCCUCCUCGUCACCGACGACCGCAUCGCCGCCCUCAGCCCAGGAGAUACGCCGCUCCUGGACCUAACCGCCGACACGCUCCACGUCAACGCAACAGACCAGAUCAUCACGCCCGGCUUCAUCGACACGCACCGCCAUGGCUGGCAGACGGCGCUGAAGACGAUGGGCUCCAACACCACGCUGCUCGACUACUUUGCCCGGUACGGCGAGUUCGCGGCUGCCGCCCACUUUCGGCCCGAGGACGUCUACCUGGGCCAGCUCAUGGGCCUCUGGGAGGCGCUGAGCGGCGGCGUGACGACGCUCCUGGACCACGCGCACCAUACCUGGUCCAAUGCGACAGCGUACGCCGGCUUGAAUGCGUCGGUCGAGAGCGGUGCGCGCGUCUUUUGGUCGUACGCGUUUCACAACAUCUCGUCGCUCAAGUACACCGUUGCCGAGCAGGUGCCCAACUUUCAGGAGAUCGCCGAGAGCAACAUCCUGGCCGGCACGUCGACCGAGCUCGGCAUCGCAUACGACGCCUGGGGCCCGGAUCCCAACGUCGGCGAGGCGCGGCAAAUCGCCGACCUCGCGCUCCGGUACAAUGUAUCCGUCGUCACGACGCACUCCCUCGCCGGGCCCUGGGGCACCGACAACCUGCCCUCCGAUGUGGACCGAUUCGACCUCCUCCGCGGCACGAUCCCCGUCGUCUUCUCUCACGGCAGCUUUCUGACCCCCACGGACGCGGCCCUCCUCCGGUCCACCAACCAGUACGUCUCCAUCACGCCCGAGUCGGAGAUGCACUACGGCCACACGCACCCCCACGCGCACCUGCUGCAGGACCAGGCCGCGCUUGGCGUCGACACGCACUUUACCUACUCGAGCGACAUCCUCACCCAGGCCCGGAUAUGGCUGCAGUCGGUCAGGUACGGCGCCGCCUGGGACGUCCUCCGGAACUGGGGCUUGCCAAGCCGCAACCCGAUGAGCGCGAACCAGGCAUUCCUGCUGGCUACGAGGGCCGGCGGGCUGGCGCUGCGACGGCCGGACCUCGGCGUGCUCGAGGUCGGGGCCAAGGCGGACUUGGUCGUCUGGAACGCGCGCGACAGCCUGUCGAUGCUGGGAUGGGUGGACCCCGUAGCGGCGGUGAUUCUGCACGCAAAUCCGGGAGACGUGUGGGAUGUCGUCGUCGACGGCAAGUUUGUGAAGCGCGAGGGGAGCAUGGUGGCGAAGCAGCUGGGGACGGUGCGGGAGAGGUUCUUGACGAGCGCGCGCAGGAUUCAGCAGAUUUGGCGGGAGACGCCGUAUCCGAUUGUGCAAGGCGAGUCGGCCGCUGGCUUUCCGUACGUCGUGCCCAUGAUUGCGGACACGCAGCGCGGCGAGGGCAACGGGUACGGAGAGCUUUUUGUUUAG